CCUUCGGUUCUGUCGGCUCCCAGGCGCUGCAUUAACUUCCCCCGUCUGAGGCCGGCUCAGGGCAGUGGAAUGAUUUAUUUUUUUAAGAAAAGGUGCGAGUCUGCGGCCGCCGCGCUCUGUCGCUGGGGCGCGUAACGCCCGCGGGCUCGGCGGACUCGGGGCCAGAGCGGCAGACUCGCUGGUAGCAGGUGCGUCACGUGGCCGGAAGGCGCGCGUUGCCAUGGUGAGGGUGGGAUGGCGGCGCGGUGCUGGGCGCUGCGGUGCUGCUCCUGCCGCCUCUUCCAGGUGCAGCAGGUCAAGCGGAGCGGGAAGUGGAGCUGCAGCGUGUGCGGCCAGCGGCAGGCCGUGCAAAAGGUUUAUGGCCAAGGGUCUGGCCUGGAUUGUAGGCACCAUGUCCAGAAAUUAAACUUGCUGCAGGGUGAGGCGGAGGAAGCAAUUGCUUGGACAUCUCGGUGCACAGAAGACCCUGUAAAUGACAGAAAAAAUACAGCAGCCCAACUUGAAGACACUUCGGUCCAACAGGAGGGAAGGGUAGAAGUCAGUCGUUGGAGUAAAUAUCUGGACAAGGACAAUGAAGAUCAGGAAGAUGGGGAGAAGGUGGCAGGUACAGAAAGACAACAGUUCUGUUCCCAGAGAAAGAACACUGUGGAAAAACAAAGGAAACACCAGAAGAGCUUCCUCUCCGGUGAUACUCAGGACUAUCCAGAAGAAAAUGGAGUUUUCCAGCUUGCCUACCAAGCCAAAAAGCGCAAGAAAUACUUAGUAGCAGCACCUGAUCAAGAUGAUGGAGAUGCUGUUUCUGGGGUCAGUAUGGUUCCUGCUGUCUGUGAGUCCGUAGUGCCUGAGGAGAAUACACAAACCCCACCUGCUUGUACCAAACCCUCAAAGUGGGAAAAAUUCCUCUCAUGUUCUGACAGCUGCAGUGAAAACACUGCCAGGGUCACCUUGUCACCACAGGAGGGCAGUGGAAGGUUGGGGCUACGCAGCACUGCUGCAGCAGAUGGUAUGGCCAGUAGAUGCUCAGAACAGGCUGGAGGAACUCUACCUCAAGGUACAGGUUUUGAAUUUAAAAAGUGUGUUGCUAACCCUGAGCAGCUUGUCUCAAAACUGCCUAGCACCAGUUACUCAGUUGAGGAGAACGUGUUGUUCAAAGAACCUCAAAGUCAGUUGGUAGGGGCAGGAUCUGGUGGUGUAGAGACCACUGCCAGAAGGUACAGUUUGGCUAGCACCGGCAGGGCAGACAUCCUUGUUACCUGUAACACUGGGCCAAAGCCUAGCAGCAUUUCUUCUGAACACCUCUUUUGUACAGGUGAGGAGUUUGAUGCUGAUCUCUGAGAAGUCCAGGCAUCACUUUUGUGUUUGUCUCUACACUGUAUUUGGCAAAAUUUUUAACUGAAAGUGGCUUUACUCUAAGCCUUACAGAAUUGCACUAUUAAAGCUGUUUACUUGCUUUA